AUGAUUGCGACGUCCAGGGUUAGCGAUGGCGUGGAGGGCGGCGGACGGUCAUAUGUCUUUAGCGUGGCGUCGGUUGAUGAGGUGUUCUACGAUUACUUACAACUUCGACAAACCAUUCGCCGUCCGGGUCUAGAGGCGGAAGGCUACAUCGCGCCCGGCAUUGCCAUUUUCGUCUUCAUGGACGGCGUCUAUGCUGGUGCGGUGUAG